AUGAGACCGACACCAAGAGAAGCGCUGGAAGUGGCGCUCUGCAUUCCACCUNUAAGAUUGACUAUCAUCAGCGCUGCCAAACUCACAGCAUAUAGACUAAAGUGUCAGGAGAAGUGGAGAGAUUACGGAGUAAGUCAUACCAAGCUCGAGUUUCUUCAUAAACNUUCCUUUACCUUAAAGCAAGACAGAAUAUCCAGAAUACGCCAAGUGGACAAGGCGUUCUCCAUAAACUUGAUCACCAGGGCAGACUGGAAAAACAGAAAUCUUCAGAUCCAGCCAGGCACUCAUGUAUGGUUCACUNAUAGAUCUGGAGCAAACGGCUGCUAUGGAGCAGACAUCUACUGUUCAGGAUCAAAUCACAGAGAAGAGACAAGAACUAGGAGGAUCAAUAUCUAUACGGAUAGCAAAGCAGCCAUAGGAGCUCUUGCCAAGACCACUACUGAAUCUUUAGUGGUUUGGGACUGUAUGCAAACUCUAAACAGAUUGGGCGAGCGAAACAACAUCACGCUUGUCUGGUUACCUGGCCACCAAGGUAUUCGAGGCAAUAAAGUGGCUGAUAGUCUGGCAAAACUAAGUACCUUAGAGGAACUAGUCUGUCAGAUAGUUGGAGUUCCCUUUGCAACAGGGAAAAACCAUAUCAAGGACUGGCUGAAAAGGGAGNACAGGAUCUCUUGGGAGAUACUGAAGAGCUGCCGCCAAGUUAAGGCGCUGAUGACUCAGCCAUUGCCAGGGCAUUGGGCCUUCAAGGCACNUUUAUUCAACUUAAGCUUAGUUGAAGAGAGUAGUUGUAGAUUCUGCGGCGAGGAAAAGGAGGACAGCGUGCACAUACUAUGUCGCUGCCCGUCUCUAGCACUCAAGAAAUUCAGAUCCUUGGGCUCUAUAUCCAAGGAUGCUGCCACGAGAUCUCAGGAUCCAGGAUGGACGGGCGAGAACGAACGCAACUCGACACAGUGUUUUUCAGGUACGUACGACCAGUCGCCAACCCCCUACACAGGUUGUGAAUAUUCGUAA